AAACUUUGUGUUUGCUUUACCCGCGCUCUAUGUCUUUCGCGUUUUCCUGUUUUCAUGAGUGCUUUCCGAUACUUCUCUGUCAUUGAUGCGGAACAUUGGACAUUCGUGAUAUGUCAACUUUUUACGCUACUAUCAGGCUGUGUAAUGCAGAAAUGCAUACCACCAUGUACAGAAAAUUCCAAGCGCCGUCACCUUUUUGAGUUUGUCAGCGGAUUUUUGAUGAUGUAUCUUGUUUAUGGACCUCUAGUUGUUCAUAUGCUUGCUCAAGCCAUACCGGCAUACUUGAUGAUGGUUUUUCUUCCAUCAUCUGUUGCUCAGUAUGGCAUUUUAGUUUUCUCAAUGACAUAUUUAUCUUCAGUACAUAUUCACAGGUGUAUGUAUAACCCCCGACUUGAUAUCUCUGCGGCUCUGAUGGUGCAAACUCAAAAGCUAUCUUCUUUGGCUUUUAACAUCAAUGAUGGAGUAAAGUUGUCAAAGAAAGGAGUAGCUGACCAAGAAUACCACAAGCUUCAUGCCGUUGAACGUCGACCUCGUCUUCUCCAGUUUGGUGGAUAUUUAUUCUCAUUUCAUAAUGUAAUGAUUGGCCCCUUCAGCUUUUUUGCUGAUUAUAUGAGAUUUAUUCAGGGUCAAGAAUCAGAUCAGCUCCUCGAUGAAACUGAUAAAAAGCGAUUCGAGGAUAACAAGGAGGCGAUACGUUCCGCUAAAGCAGAGAAAUGGAAACAGGUGAAACUUCUACUCCUUCAUUCUAUAUUAGUCUUAUGGUCCUUUCAUAGUUUUAAACCCGAGGAAUUUCUGUCUGAAAGUUUUGCAAAAAAGAAUUACUUUCAAAAAUUCAUCUACCUGUCAAUCGCGUGUUUUGGUUUUCGUCAAAAGUUCUAUUUUGCUUGGACUCUUAGUUGUCUAUCAAAUUUAGUCGCAGGUUUUGGAUUUUCUGGAUUUAAUAGUGAAGGCGAACCGGAAUAUCGUCUGGCUACUAAUAUUUACUUUUUGCCUAUUGAGCUUGGUACAAGUACAAAAACAAUCAUAGAUUCUUGGAAUACAGCAACAACACGUUGGUUACGUGAAUGUAUAUAUGAUCGUGUACCAAAACGUUAUGCUGUUUGGUCAGUUUUCGUUGCAUCAGCCAUGUGGCAUGGUUUCUAUCCAGGUUAUUAUCUAGUUUUUGUGUCUGCAGCUCUAAUCACAGUGACAGGAAGAGUUUGUCGAAAACAUCUCCGGCCGUAUUUUCUUCGUUCAUCCGGAUUACAUUGUUUCUAUAAUGUACUAACUAAUUUAGGCGCUAUGUUAUGUUUAAAUUAUUUGGGUGUACCGUUUCUUCUAUUGACUACUGAUAAAGUUUUGCAUUUUUGGAGACAAAUGCACUUUAUUGGACAUAUUGGACCAUUGGCUUUAAUUAUUGGCGUUCCUUUAUUAUGUGGUAAACCAGGAGAAAUAUAAGAAUAUAUACUAAUGAUAAUAUGACAUGGAUUUAGAAAAAAAUUUUUUUUUAAAUAAAUGUUCGUCAUAUAUUCACAAAUGUACUUGGUAAUAAUAGAGGAAAAGUAAGGAUCAGCCGAUGAUAUCCGUUUAAGUCUCAACAUAUACGUUACUUUAUUGUUAAUAAUAAAUAAGAAUACGAUUUUCCCUACUAUUUAUUAUUAUUAAUAACAAACACAAUAAGACCCUUCAAGCAUAUGAACACACACAUACAUAUGCGUUUUGUCAGCCAAUAUUCUUCAUAUCAUAUUACAUUUACUCUAUUCUUAUUAGUAUUAUUAAUGGCGUUGUUAUUUUAUUAUCUCCAGCUUUUUACAACUGACCUCAAAAGUAUGUUUUCUUGUUUGGUUUUAUUUUUUUUGUUCUUCAUUAUUCAUUGUCCACAAUGUAUGUUUAUUAUUUUGUUACUACUUAUAUCUGUUUAAGUUGUAAAAGAGCGUAUAUAUAUAUAUAUAUGUGUGUGUGUGUUUAUGUAUAAAUUUAUCUCCUCAUAUUCAUGUACUAUUUUGUUACUCUUUUUUUGUGUGUUAGUGGUUAACACAUUACAAUUUGUUGUUUACAAAACUGGCAUAUGAUAAGAUAAUAAAAUAAGACGCAGUCUAUGUGUUUCAUAAUCAUUAUUCAUAUUAGAAUCAAUGUUUAAUAUACAAAAAAAGAGAUUGAUACAAUAUUUCUCAUGUUGAUAUAACUAAUGAAUAGCGUCAUUUGAAACUGUGAUAUACUACUAAUUAGAUAAUUAAAAUAACUCAUUGAAUAAAAAUAAAGAGAAUUCAGCAAAG